UUCUCUUGUGUAUUACCAAAACAAAAUAAAAAAAUUUGCACACCAUGAAAGCACCAACCAUCCUAAAGAGCUUUCUCUUGCGCCAAUCUCCGGCUGCGGUAGCCCCUAUGCCACAAAAAACCUGGUUCGACCGAGAACUCACGGCUGAACUUGACACCCUUGAUGGGGAAAUUAAGUUGGCUCAAUUGCUUGAUGCUGCCAUCAAAACUCAGAAAAUUGUAUUGGAUUCACUAGUCAAAAUUUCGUAUAGAGAUGAUUUUGAUCGUGGAGAUGUUGAUAAGUACUUAGAAGACAAUGUUGAGAUUCUUGAUGUAUGCAAUUAUUUUGUAGAAAAAAUUGAGAAUAUCAAUCACUAUGUAGAUACAUUAAAAGUUGUAGUACAUUUAGUUGAUAAUAAUUCUAAUCGAAAGCCAAAUAAAGUUGCAACAAAACGUGCAUUGGAACAUUUGAAUUCAUCAUUAUGUCAAAGUGUAGAAAAGAGAUCAAGGAAAGCAUUGGAAGAUUUGUUAAGGCAGAGACUAUGUCAUCAUGGAACUGAUAUAAGUGAGAUUAUGUGCGGUUCUAAGGCUAUGACAUUGAUGUGUUUAAGGUUUCUUGAACUUGGUUUGUCAUUUGAUUCAAAAAGUAGAAAUUUGCCGGUAAUGAAACUUUCUCAGCCUACAAGUUCUUCAUGGUUGAGAUUGUUGCAAGAGUUGACAAAAGAAGCAGAAGCAAGUGUUGAUGGGAAGAAGUUGCAGGAGACAGUGGAUGCAGCUAGAGAAUUGAAGGAACAGAUGAAGAAGGAAAAAGAGAUGAAAUGUUGUGUUGAGAGAUUGAAGAAAAGGUGCAAAGAAUUGGAGGAUAUGGUUGAGGUUAUUGAGGAAAGAGUAAGAGAUUUGUAUAAAUGUUUGAUUGAUGUUAGGAUGACUCUUCUUGGAAUUCUUUCACAGCACUAA